AUGGCAAUUUAUGAGAAGAAGGACGACAAAGCACCGACGUUGAAUGAUCAUGAAGAGUUCUUUGCAUUAUAUAGAAUGUGGCCCGAGCAAUUUCAUUUGCUAGUAGAUUUACUUCAUCCUCAUCUUAAGAAGAACAGUAUCCAGGUUCCUCUUCCUACAGAGCUACGCUUAGCUGUCACGUUGUUGUACUUAUCCCAGGGUGAUAGUGCUAAAUUAAAACAUGCAGAAUUUAGGAUAGGCAGAUCAACUGUUAAUAAAAUAGUGAAUGAGACUUGUCAGACAAUUUGGACAGUAUUACAGCCAAUUGUUUUGAAACCUCCUAGUAAAGAAGACUGGAAAUCUAUAAGUGAAGAGUUCAUGGAAAAAUGGCAGUUUCCAAACUGCCUAGGAGCACUAGAUGGGCGUCAUAUGAGAAUUCAGGCCCCGCCCAAUUCUGGAUCAGCAUUCUAUAAUUACAAACAAUUUUUCAGUAUGGUACUACUUGCCAUCUGCGAUGCAACAUACAAGUUUACAUGGGUUGAUAUUGGGCAAUAUGGUUCUAUAAGUGAUGGUGGAGUAUGGGCCAAUACUGAAUUUGCAAGUGAUCUAGCUGCAGGCAAUAUAUUCUUACCAGAUCCCACACUACUUCCAGGGACAAAUAUUUCUUUUCCCUUUGUUUUUAUUGGUGAUGAGGCUUUCCCAUUGUCAACACAUAUGAUGCGGCCCUAUCCACAUAGAAAGCUGACUGAUGACAUGAGGAUCUUUAAUUAUCGCUUAUCACGUGCACGGCGCACAAUAGAGAAUACUUUUGGCAUUUUGACUGCGCGAUGGCGUAUCUUACACAAACCCCUUUGCAUGUCAACAACUAACUGCGAAAAUUUGUUGAAAGCCCUCGUCUGCCUACACAAUUUUAUUAUGCUUGGAGAAGAACAGGAAAAUAUGAACAAUCGUCGAUAUUGUACAACACAUUUAAUUGAUAUGGAGGAAGAAAAUGGCAGCAUUAGAGAAGGACAAUGGAGGAGACAUUUUUCUCCACACUUUGUAGAAGUCGGCCGAAUGGGUGCUAACCGUGCAGAUUCUGUAGCAAAAGAAAUGAGAGAUACUCUUAAAGAAUAUUUUGUUUCUCCAAUUGGUGAAGCUCACGCUCCAUGGCAAUAUGAAUACACAUUUAGGGGAGCUAUUAUCAAUCCUCCUGUAAUAUAA